GAUGGAUUUUCUAGAUUCAUUAGAUCUACAACUGCAUGCACAUGGCAAGAAGACCGACCGUAUGCGCUCAUGGUACCUCUACGAGCAGUACAGAACGCUGGAGCAGCACCAGCUAGACGCAGCCCAGCAGCUGCGUAACCGCUCGGUCCAAGAACAGCUGCUGCAUCAGGAGCUCACGGAGCGGCGCGCUCGGCGUAGUCUUUUUGAUCAGGUCAGCAUGUAUAUCAGCGACCCGAAGCAAGAUCGCAGCCAAGCCACCUGCCUCAGCACCACUAACGACGACUUCUACGAGAGCUUCUGUGAACUCCACGACUUUGAAGACAACAACAGCCUGGGCAGCCACCAUGGCUCCCAUAAUACCUUCAUUGAGGAUAAGAAUUUAGAAGAUUUCCAAGAAGAUACCAGCUGCGCGGAUAGUGUAUCCAGCGUGGUUGAUAAGGAAGCUACGGACAGGUCCACGCAACGAACUAUUGCUGAAAACAUAAAGCUCCAUCUACAGACUGUUAAAGAAAACUUGGCAAGCCUCGAGAGAUACUCCCGGAUGGCUGACGGUGAUCACAACUCGGAGGCGAGCGUAGACUCUCUGGGUUGGCCCAAGCAAAACAUUCUUCGGAAGAACGUUGAUGAGAAUCAAUUGUUUUAUAUGUGGAGCCGCCUGGUUGCGUUCGCUUACCAUAUUAUACAACUUAAUCAUGGAAACUGCUACUAUGACUACAGCUCCCAGCUGCUCACCGCCGUCCUGGCGUGCGAUGCGCUGCGCCGCGGCGUCAACCGCAUGUGUGAUAUUUUGCAGUAUUACGUCUCACCCGUGAAAUAUGAUAGUGAUUCUGAAGACCAUUCCACUAUCUGCAGCAAAAAACUUAAAAAGAAAAAGUCUCAUGGGUCGAAAAUAAUACGGAAAUCGUCUAAAUAUAAGAUAAAUUCGAGUUCGCAAAAAAGAGUCACGAGGCGCUUCGAAGAUAACCACCAUGCGGAACAUUCGGGCAGCUCCUGGCAACACGACAGGAAUAAAUACUCAGUCGUACACACAAUGGAGCAAAACAGGAGACACCGACAACCGAGGAGACGAGAGUGGCGAAAAGCUAAACGUAGCUUCAUCCCCCGGAGCCCCCGGACCCUCUGGCCCUCUGAGCUGGAAACCACCGUCUCCAGCACCUUCGAGCGCGCAAACCCCAUGCUCACGCUCGUGCAGUAUUUGGACGAUGUCCUCAAAACUGACGUCCGGGACUUUGAUUGAUGUUUUUG